AGCUGUUGGCUCUGGCUCUUGUUGAGGAGGUUGGCUCUGUUUGCCGAAAGCAGAGUUUCUUUCUCUAACCUUGUGGGAAUUGGGCCACGUGGGCACAUGAUAAGGCCACUGGGCACUUGUUAAACACAGCCGGCCGGUCCCAGGUCCCUUCCUGGCUCUUUCCUGGUGCCUGCGGCCUGCCAGACGGAGAGGAUGGGGGCUCGGGGGCUUCUCCUCCUCGGGCUCCUCUCUUGGGCUUUGGGGGCGGCGGAAGGGAGCCUCAGCCCGGCGGAGAGGAAACCCAAGAGAGGCAAGAUCAAGGAGGAGGACAACGUCCUGGUCUUGACAAAGAGCAAUUUCGAUCAGGCCCUGAACGAAACAAAGUACCUGUUGGUUGAAUUCUACAUUGCUUUGUCUGGGGCCUCUCAGAGCCUGGCGGCUGAAUUUGCUAAAGCCGCAGAGCAAUUCAAGACCGACGCUGUGGAUAUCCGAUUUGGCAAAGUAGACGUGGCGGACCAGAAAGACCUGAAAAAGGAAUUUGACAUCCAAGAAUAUCCCACCCUGAAGUUUUUUAUAGAUGGCGACAGGAAAAAUCCCAUUGACUGCAAAGGAGUCCGGGAAGCCUCAGCCUUUGUGACGUGGGUUCAAAGGAGAACCGGAUCAAGCGCCGUCCUUAUCAACAGCACGGACCAGGCCAAAGCUUUCCUAGACCUUGAAGAUUUGGCAGUGAUUGGCUUUUUCAAGACACUUCAAGAUGGAGCCGCGGAGGUUUUCUACGACUCUGCGAGAGAGGUGCCAGAAGUCCCUUUUGGGGUAACAGCCAGUGAAGACACUUUCACUACGUUUGGGGUCAGAGGAGACACGGUGGUUGUAUUUCAAAAGGGAAAACCAGUUCACAGUGAAGCAUCUGAGGAAGGCAAACUGGAUAAAGUGGAGCUCACUCGAUUGAUCAAAACCUUUACUAUGGAUUUAGUCACAGAGUAUAAUCUUGAGACUUCUGUGAAGAUAUUUGAUGUACCCGUUGAAAGCCACCUUGUUCUGUUCAUGCCCAAGAAUUCAGACACAUUCAAGGAGGUUUAUGAAAAUCUCUCAUCGGUUGCUCCGGAGUUCAGAGGGAAGAUCAUGUUCAUCUUAGUGGAUACUGAUGAAACCAGAAAUGGCCGUGUGAUUGAAUAUUUCCGUGUCACUGUCGUGGAAGUCCCUGCCGUUCAAAUCCUCAACCUGACAAGCGACGCCAGGUACAAGAUGCCGGCGGAGGAAGUGACCCCGGACCACCUCCGGACCUUCUGCCGGGACUACUUGGAAGGGAAGGCAAAGCAACACUGGUCCAGCGAGGAGAUCCAAGACGGUUGGGAUAAGAAGCCUGUCAAAGUGCUGGUUGGGAAAAACUUUGACAAAGUUGCCUUUAAUACAAAGAACCAUGUGUUUGUCAUGUUCCAUGCACCUUGGUCUCACAACUGUCAAAAGUUGUUCCCAGUUUGGGAAGAGCUCGGCAAGUUGUACGAAAAGCGCAAAAAUGUUGUCAUUGCUAAAAUAGACUACACGGCAAAUGAAGUCCGGUUAAUGAAUGUGGAAAAGUACCCCUUCUUCAGGUUGUUUCCUGCAGGAUCCACCACGGAGGUGGUCCCGUACAAAGGGGAAUACGCGCUUGGUGCUUUCGCUCAAUUCCUAGAAGAACAGAUUGAGGCAAGAAAGAAGAAUUCAACAAAGGCCAAACAAGAGGAGAAAACCACGAGACCGAAAGAAGAACUGUAGCUUCCCUUCCACACAGGAAGAGUGAGCACUGGUUUCUCAAGGGUGGUUGCGCAGUAUAAAAGCAUUUUAAUGGGAAAUUUAGGAAGCCAUUGACAACAAUAAAGGAAGGUCAAACAAA